AUGCCUGCCGUCGUCGGCAUUCCCUCUAGCUUUGGCGCGGCCAUUCCUGCUGCAACACCAUGGCCCUUUACGACUGCGUAUAGUCGCGUCAACAUUACAGAGACAGCAUGGCCUCAUUGUGCACAACAAUGCCCCUCGUUCGACGAGGCAUGUCUGUGUGAGAUACAAACGAAGAGAACCAUCGACCAUUGCGUCUUGGGCUCGUGCGGGAUGCCAGAGGCGAUAUGUACGACGACGGGCCGGUCCCAACUUCUUCCCAGCUCUGCGUGUCUCCCGGCUAACUUUCCUUCUCCAGUCACGAGAAACAUGACAGAAACGGCAUGCGGCACGCCAGUGCGCAGUCAAACCACCAAGCUCAAAACCAUGACCAUUGCCAUGACACCAGUCACCAUCCUCUUUGUGACUCUGCGACUCAGCUACAAGCACUUCUUCAGCGCUCCCCUACCGCUGACGUACAAGAACUUCUUCAGCGCGCCCCUGCGCACCACGUACGAGCAAUUUUCCAGCGCAUCGCGGCACAUCCACAGCGAGGAAUGGACCUUCAUCGCCGCCAGCAUCGUUGGUCUCUCCGCCCUCGCCGUCAUCCUCUUUGGCAUCACUUCCAAUGGCAUGGGCACCGACGUCUGGGGCCUUGACCUGCCCACACUGGUCGCCUUUCGGCAGUACUUUGUCGCUAUCCAGGUCUGCUACGUCGUAUUGAUGCUGCUAUUGAAGACGACGUGCGCCCUCUUUUACCUCAAUAUUUUCUUUGGGCGCAGGAUACGCACUGUCAUUUGGGCGACUGUCAUUGUUCACGUCGCCAUCACUACCGUCUGCACCCUCGUCAUCAUCUUUCAGUGCGUACCGAUACGGUACCAGUGGGACAAGUUGGAGCAUAUACAUGAUGCUUCGGUAUCAGGACGUUGCAUUAACAUCAAUGCCGCCGCUUGGGUCAACAGCACCUUUAGCGUCGCGUCCGAUCUGUGGCUGCUUGCCAUUCCGAUGAGCCAGCUGCACAAGCUGCAACUACACUGGAAAAAAAAGGUCGGAGCCGUGCUCAUGUUCAUGGCCGGUAUUACUGUCACGGUCGUUUCUUGCCUCCGCCUCAAGUCUGUUCAGUACUACUCUUCGACGUCAAAUCCAACUUGGGACCAGUUUGAUAUCAUGUACUGGUCAACAGUGGAGAUUGAAGUUGGAUUCAUCUGCAGUACACUACCAGCGAUUCGUCUCCUCCUCGUUCGAUUUGCUCCGCGAAUAUUUGGGUCGCAAGCAAGCAAUCCUGCGUACGUUGAAAUCCACCCAAGAGCCAACCUGGAACAACAAACGGGGCUCUUUGACGAUGACGGGCCGCCCCGGCCGAAGCCGCCGCCCACUCCCACCACAACGUCGACUGAAGCGAUUCUGAAGCCUCCGGAGCGCGUUUUGGACACUACCCGAAAGCGGGCGGAUGUGGACGAUUUCAUGCCGACAGUUUACAGUUUCGAGGGACGACCCAUGGGACUACGGCUGGCGCGGGCGAAGCUGCCCAACAACUGGAGAUACAGUCUGCCAUGA